GUCUUAUAAGAUGAAACUUAAAAACACACUCUUUCUUAAGGUUUAGGUUUAGCACGGAACUCGAAAUUUUCAGUUAAAUUUUUUUCGCGGGCGCUACUUAAAGAGCUUGAUUUUCGUUACUAGGUUUUUUUUUUAAAAACAUUUAAUAUCCAAUAUCGAAGAAGAACGAGAAAGUGGGGAUGGGUGAUGUAGGGUUUUUCGAGAAAACAGAUUCUCGGGAAAAUGAAGGGAAUUUGGAAGAAAGUGAAGGAAAGAAUAAGGAAAGAAAUGAAGAGGAGGAAGAAGAAGCUGUCGUUUUUUAUAGGCAGCAGCAGCAUCAGCAUGCAACGUUCUUAGGUCUCGAUCUUAAUCUGCAGCCGCCUGAGGAAAUUGAUUUCGGGAACGAGUUUUGGGGGUUUGAUUUUGGGUUUCCGGAGAAACAAACGGAAAAUUUCACCGAGUCACAAAGUGUUUUUCUUGGUGUCGAUUUGGAGAGAAAGGAAAGAAGCCCAAGUGUUGAAAUCGUUAGUCCUUCAAGUAUAAAGACGAAAAGGAGCCCCAAUGUUGUUUUUGAUAUUGGGUUUCCCGAGAAAGAAACAGAAAACUUCACAAACUCAGGAAGUGUUGUUUUUGGUGUCGAUUUGAAGGGAAAGGAAAGAUACCCAGAUGUUGAAAUCGUUAGUUCAAGUAAAAAGAGGAAAUUUUCCGUUCAAGAAAAAGGCAAAGCAAAAUUAGAUGGGUUUGAUAUUGAAUUAGACGAAAAAGAGAUUCUUCAUGAUUUGAUGCAAAUAGACCCACAGAAAUGGGUUUCGAUUUUGGAUUCACCAGUUGAAGAAGAGAAGCCAAAUUACAUUGAAUUUCAAGGUUUAACACGUGAUAACACUGUUAACCAUGAAAGGGCUGAUUUAUUGGAGGAUUUUCAAGAAUUCUUGAAAAAGGAGAAAUCAAAAAGACAGCAUGAGAUUGCUAAAGAUUUUGCUCAAAGGCUUGCACGUGAAGUUGAUUCUGAAGGAGACCUUUUAAAAUCUUCUUCUACUAAGGAUGGUGCUUCGAAGAGUGUUAUUGUUGAUGAUGAUGAUAAAGAAGAAUUAGGAACUCCUUUUAGUAUAGCAAUGGAGGUGAUUAAAACCCGAAUUUCGAGUUCAACUUCAAGAAGGAAGAAGUUUUCAAGUGAAGGAUUGGGAGCUGAGUUCAAAUGGCUACCUAAGAAUGUUAAAAGAACCUCUUUUAUGGCUCGUGAGGUUCCUUCGUUGCUCGACCUUAGUUUGUGUGCUCUCGCGAAGAAUGCCGAAGCAAUUGUAUCACUCAACCAUGUUCCUGAUAUGCUGCGGCACAAGCUUAGUCGAUCGGUGUCCAAUUCUAGGAAAAUGGAUGCCCAUUUUUUACAACUUCUUGCUAGCGGAUCACCAACAGAGAUUCGAGUCAAUGACUGCUCCCGAGUCACUGAAGACGAAUUCACCAAGAUAUUUGGCUGCUGUGAUACUAGAAACUUGAUUGUGUUGCAGCUUGACUUGUGUGGAUCAUGUAUACCGGAUUAUGUUCUACAAGAUACCUUAGCUCAUUCAUCGAAAAGUCUUCCUGCUUUAGUUACCUUGUCUUUGAAUGGUGCAUAUCGCUUGACGGACCAAGGGCUAAAUGCACUCGCAUUGUCUGCACCUGCUCUGCAGUCAAUAAAUCUGAGCCAGUGCUCCCUUCUCACAUCAUCUGGCAUCAAUGAUUUAGCUAACUGCUUUGAAUCCACCUUAAGAGAGCUUUAUUUAGAUGAAUGUCAUAAUAUAGAAGCCAUGGUUGUAUUGCCUGCACUGAAGAAGCUUAAAUGUCUGGAAGUGCUGUCUAUGGCUGGAAUUCAGACUGUUUGUGAUGACUUUGUCAUCAAAAUGGUCGAAGCAUGUGGCAAAAAUAUGAAAGAGCUAGUUUUUGCUAGUUGUGUAGAAUUGACUGAUGUAUCUCUCAAAUUUGUGGGGAAAAAUUGUUCCAAAUUAUGUGCCAUUGACCUAUCUUACUUGCGGAAGUUGACGGAUUUAUCAAUGAGAUAUCUCGCUAAUGGUUGUCGAUCAAUUAACAGGCUUAAACUGUGCCGCAAUGGUUUCAGCGAUGAAGCUGUUGCCGCCUUCUUGGAAGCCUCUGGAAGUUCUCUAACUGAACUUUCCCUAAAUAAUAUUGCCUUGGUGGGACUGAACACUGCUAUAUCGCUUUCCAAAUGUUCGAGAAAAUUGUUCAGUUUGGACUUAUCAUGGUGCCGGAAUUUAACCGAUGAGGCACUAGGGUUGGUUGUAGAUAGUUGCUCAUCACUGAAGCUGCUAAAACUCUUCGGAUGUACACAGAUCACCGACGUGUUUCUUAAAGGGCAUUCAAAUCCCCAGGUCCAGAUCAUUGGACUGAAGAUGGCAACAUUAUCGGAAUUUCUCAACGUGCUUGAACCCCGAGAAGCUCCAUUGUGGUAUUCACCGGUCGAUAGUCUCCACUAAUUAGUGCCAGCUUGAAUAACCUCAGUUUGCUAGCUUCAGCUUCAUUCAUUGACAUAUAUACAAAAGCAAUACUGAUUCAUUCAAAGCCUUAUCAGAACAUACCCUACAAAAAUAAUUACCAUACACCAGACCAAGCUAAUCUCUUUAGAGAUACAUACAUCUCACUUCUUUUUGGUGUCCUAUUACAUUCACAAUCAUCCAAAACCUGUAUAAUGCUCAAUGAAAUGUUUUGGAUAGUUCACAUGAUAUGAAUUAAAUUGAAGAGAUAGAAUUUUUCUCCA